AUGUUAAGUUUUGCGGGCGUAAUCGGUUCAACAGCUGACGUCACAGAAACUGUUUCGCUUACUUUGCGUAAACUUAUUAUUGUUGGUGUAGGUUUUAUCGUUACUGCUUUAGUGAAGUUCAGUAAGUUAAUAAUACAAAGUAAACAGUUUUUUACAAUAUUCACGAAUCAUAAAGCUGGUGUUAUAGUUUACUAUCAGCACUUCCCUUGGUUCAGGAAAUAUGAUAUCCUGCAAAUGCAUCCUAACAUCAAAGAGCACUUUGGGAUAAAAAUAGACUUCUGA